AUGUUGCUCUGCACAUGCACUGACUGCGACGAAUACGAUAGUCACUGCCUGCUACCUAUCUUGAACCAUCGCAUUCAUACCUGGAUCGCCUCUCCAGACUACGUCCUGGCUCGUGCCAUGGACAGCAUCCGCAAGAUGUGGGCACGAGUAACGCGCCGUGCUAUCUCCAUAGUGAACGGAGGAUGUCAUGCUGGAACGGACAUAGCUGUCGCAGGCACUGCGCACUACACCACCUGCCCGUGAACAGGGAGCUUGCUGCAUGCAGCACACAUGUACAGCUGUCUUGAACAGCCAUGCCGCUCAGCCUGGCUUCUCAGCUUCCAUUUCUUAGCGGUUCCU